AUGGUUCAAUUCUCCGAAGAGACCAAGGAGCGUGUCUCAAAGGUCAUCGAUGUUUCUCGCGUUGCAAUUCACUACGGUUACUUGCCUCUAAUUGUCUAUCUGGGCUACACCUAUAGCGACCCCAAGCCCACCUUGUUCAGGUUCAUGACUAGCCAUGGCUUCUCGUCAUCCGCUGUGGAGACUUUAGCUGGAUUCACUGCCGGAAUUGUGUCGACGCUUUCGUUGCACCCCCUCGACCUGGUCAAGACAAGAUUGCAAGGCAAGCUCUUUUCUACUUUGGACCCUAUGAUGAGACUAAUUUGGACCUCUUCAGUUGAUCGUUCUUCAUCGUCCCGGCUGGGCAACUCUCUGCGAAUCAUCCGUGAAAUCUCCCAUCAUGAAGGUGGUUUUGCCGCUUUUUAUCGGGGAUUGGCCCCGAAUCUGGUUGGAAACUCUACAAGCUGGGCUCUGUACUUCUUGUGCUACAGCAGCUUGAAAGACGCUCUUCGAACAUAUCGUCAAAGAAGCAAUCAUAUGCUCGCAUCAUCUGAUUAUUUUCUUGCGUCUGGAAGUGCAGGCGCCAUUACAGCUAUUCUGACCAAUCCAAUCUGGGUGAUCAAAACUCGCAUGUUGUCAACCGGCUCUCAUGUGCCUGGAGCGUACUCGUCCCUCACGUCAGGUAUAAAACAAAUCUACCGUACCGAGGGCAUUCCUGGCUUCUACCGUGGCCUUGUUCCAGCACUGUUUGGUGUCAGUCAUGGUGCCCUUCAGUUCAUGGCUUAUGAGCAGUUAAAACUUAUCCGGUCCGGGAUGAACACCGACCGCUCUUCCGACAGCAACCGAGGUGCCGAGCGGGCAUUGAGCAAUGUUGACUUUUUCGCGAUUUCCAGUUUGUCAAAGGUCUUCGCGGGCAGUGUUACCUAUCCAUAUCAGGUAAUAAGGUCCCGCUUGCAGACUUACGAGGCGCAUCGGAUUUACCGUGGGGCGAUUGAUGUUAUUUCCCAGAUAUGGACUCGUGAAGGUGCUGCAGGAUUUUAUAAGGGUCUUGGUCCCAACCUGUUUCGCGUGCUUCCAAGCACAUGGGUGACUUUUUUGGUGUACGAGAACACGAAGGUCUACCUUUCCAACCUAUCUUACGAUAGGCCAUAG